AUGCCGCCAGUUGGAGCGCCCGCCGCCAGCGCGGCUCCCGGAGCAGCUCCAGCGACCGGCGCGCCUCCCGGGGGCGGCAGCGCUCCGUCGCCGUCCCCGCCUGCUCCCUCGAUCGCGCGCGACGACUCCAAAUCGCCCGCCGUCGUGAGGAUCCUGCACUCGAACCACGCGCAUCGCAGCAUUCAUGCACAACACACGCACCGAGUUUUGAUGUCUCUAUUCGAUGGGUCGCGGAGCGCCGCCCAUGCACGCGGCGGGUCGCGGGGGGCCUAUAGGCGCGCCUCCCAUAGGCGGUCCCCCGCAGCCCCCCGGCGGCGGUUUGUUGCCCGGCCCUGCAGGCCGCGGACAGGUAAACACUUCUCCGCACCUCCCGACCUCUUCCUCUCCCAUCCCCUUCCCUCCACUCCCCCCGUUCCACCCCCUACCUCCUUUCCUGCUCUUACACUGUCUUUAUUCACAUCAUCCGACCCCGCUCGCCGCUCAUUGCAGUAUGAGCCGCCAGGAGCGCCAGGCGCACCGGGAGCGCCGGGAGCGCCGCCGGGCGCGCCGGGCGUGGGAGCGCCGCACCUGCCGCCGGCGCCAGGGCGCGCUCAGCCGCCGCCGCAGCAGCCGCCAGGGCAAGCCCCUCCGGGACAGCAGCAGGCGCAGGGGCAAGGACCGCCGGGAGCGCCAGGCGCGCCGGGAGCACUGGGCGCGCCAGGAGCGCCAGGAGCGCCAGGCGCGCUGGGAGCGCCGGGAACAGCGGCAGCAGGGGCGACGGGGCCAGGCGGACCUGCUCCCCCCGGCGCUCCCUAUGGCGCUCGCCCUGGCGGCCCCCCGCUUCCCCCUGGUGCCCCCCCUCAGGUGCGCGCGCCCUCUGCUCGCGCGCUCACUUCGCCCCCUCACUUGCGUCCUUCCCCUCCCUCAAUCCCCUCCUCCAUUCCCUCAUUCCCUCCCUCCCUCGGUCUCCCUUCUUUCUCGGGGCACUACGCCUCUCCCCAGCAGCAGUUUCGCCCGGCGUACCCAGGCGCUCCUCCGCCGCGCCCCUUCCCCCCGCUCCCCCCCAACGCUCCGCCCGGCCACCUUCCCCCCUACGGCGCGCAAGGGCACCCCCCACAGUACCCGGGGCAGCACCAGCCUCACCCGCAGUACCCCGGCGCUCCCGGUCAGCCCCCCCAAUACCCCGGCCAGCAGCAGCAGCAGCCGCCGCCGCAGCAGCAUCAGCAGCAGCCGUACCCGUCCUACCCCCCCAUGCCCGGCCACAUGCCCGCCCCCGGAUCCUACCCCCCCCAGCAGCACCCGCCCCAGCAGCACCCGCACUGGCAGAUGCCCGGCGCGCCUGCGCCAGGGCAGGGGGGGCCUGGCGCGGGAGGGGCGCAGGCAGCAGCGCAGGGCGCGCCUGGGGGAGCAGCCCCGGCUGCUACCACUGCUGGAGGGGUGCCCCUCCCCCAGAUGCCACCUCCCGCCACAGCAACGCCCGCCCCCGCGGCCACACAGGCCGCACCUGGCGGAGGCGCAGCUGCCGGCCCAGCGGGUGGCAGCAGCAGCGGGGGGGGAGCGGCGGCGGAGUGGCAGGAGUUCACGACUCCGCAGGGGCGCAAGUACUUCUUCAACAAGCGCACUCAGCAGUCCAGCUGGGAGAAGCCCACCGACCUCAUGACUCCCAGCGAGCGCGCGGACGCCACAACGGUAUGGAAGGAGUUCACGACAGCGGAGGGGCGGAAGUACUUUUUCAACAAGCACACCAAGCAGAGCACGUGGACCAUCCCCGCUGACCUCAAGUGGCGCCACCAGCAGCACCCUUGCUUGUGUGUGUCUGCACUUCUCCUCACUCCAUGCAACCUUGUGUCUCCCUCUGCCUGCCUGCAGGCCGCACGAGAGAGAGCUGCUGCAGAGCAAGCAGCAGCGGCAGGCAACGCGGCACCUCCCACCGCCGCCGCCACUGCUGCUACUGCUGCCGCUGCCACCCCUGCUCUCCCCGCAGCGCCUGUGACACCAGUAGCACCAGUCAUGUCAGGAGUGCCUGCAGCAGCAGCACCAAUGGCUACCGGGAUACCCCCCCUGCCGGGCGUCCCUCCACCUGCUGCCGCACCAGGGCAAGCAGCACUGGGGAUGGCAGCAGCAGGGGCCGUCCCUCCUGCUGCGUACGCGUACACGCCUCCUCUCCCGGGGAUGGCGCCGCUGGUGCCAGGAGCAGGGCCGCUGGGAGCUUCCCCUGUGCCGCCUGCUGGUGUUCCUCUGCCUGCUGCUGCUGCCCUCACCCCGCCUCUUCCAGCUGCUGCGGCCGCCACACACGCACAGGCGCAACCCGCUCAAGCUGCACCAGAGGCCAUGGCGGCACCAGGAGUGAGCAAGAUCAACAUCACGCCCAUUACGGAACCCAAGCCGCCCCCGGCUCCUGUGGGCGAGCCUGUCUAUGCCACCAAGCAGGAGGCGAAGGCGGCGUUCAAGGAGCUGCUGGAGGCGGUGGGGGUGACGUCGGAGGGCACGUGGGAGCAGACGAUGAAGAAGAUCAUCAGCGACAAGCGUUAUGGGGCGCUCAAGACGCUGGGGGAGAGGAAGCAGGCCUUCAAUGAGUACAUAACGCAGCGCAAGAAGCAGGAGGCGGAGGAGAAGCGGCAGAGGCAGAAGAAGGUGCGCGAGGACUUCAUCGCCAUGCUGGACGAGUCCAAAGAGCUCUCCUCCUCCAUGCGCUGGCAAAAAGCGGCGGCGCUAUUUGAGAAGGACCUGCGGUGCGUGGCGGUGGAGUCGGAGAGGGAGAGGGAGGAGCUCUUUGACGACUACCUUGUUGACCUCGUCAAGAAGGAGAAGGACCGAGUGAGGGAGGAGAGGAAGCGCAACAUGGCGGAGUUCAAGCACCACCUCCACACGUGCGCCUAUGUCACCUCCGCCACACACUACCGCAAGGUGCAGGACCGGUUGGAGGAGCAUGAGAGCUGCGCCAAGCUCGAUAAGAUCGACCGCCUUGAAGUCUUCCAGGAAUUCAUUCGUGAGCUGGAGAGGAGGGAGGAGGAGGAGAGGCAGCAGAAGAGGGAGCAACAGCGGCGGCAGGAGCGCAAGAACCGCGAUGGCUUCAGGCGGCUGAUGGACGAGCACAAGGCGGCGCUCACCCUCACCGCUCGCACUCGCUGGCGCGACUAUGUCAACGUGGUGAAAGACGAGCCGGCAUACAUGGCAGUGGCAGCCAACUUGGGGGGGUCGACGCCCAAGGAGCUCUUUGAAGACGUUAUUGACGACCUCGACAAGCAGGUGGGCGCUGCUGGGACUGGUGGCCCCCAACCUGUUAUAACAUGCCGUGUGUUCCUUCCGCCGCUGCCGCUGCUUCGGCCCCAUCCCUGCCUCCCCCCUCCCCUCGUCUCCAUUCCUUCUCCCCCUCUUUCUUCCCCCCUUUCCCCCCCUUCCCCCAUUCCCCCCCAGGUGGUGGUGACGUCAGCGACCACCUUCGAGGCGUUCAAGGCUGCUCUAGGCUACGCCCCUCCCGCUCCUCCUCCCCCUGCCCUCGCUGCUGCUGAUUCUGCCGCUGAUGCUGGUGCUGGCACGGCAAUUAAGGAGGAGGCAAAGGAGGAGGCGAAGGAGGAGGGGAAGGAGGGAGAUGUGGACAUGAAUGGAGUGAAAGAGGAGGGGGGCGUGAAGAAGGAAGAUGGGGUUACAGAGGAGGGGGCGAAAGAGGGAGAGGGAGAGGGGGCAAAGGUGAAGGAGGAGCCUCAGGAGGAGGGCAAGGGGGACGGCGAGGUGGGUGCUGCUGAGGACAACAAGUCAACAGUCAAGCCAGAGGAGGGCGAUAAGGCAGUGAAGCAGGAGGAGCAAGCGGAGGAGGGCGACGGGAAGGGCGGCGAGGGCAAGGAGGGCAAGGAGGCGAUGAAGCUGCCGCCACCGCCACCGCUGCCACCGAAAGCUGAUGAGUCGACUCCUAAGGUCGCCGAUAUGAGCCUCAAGAUAGUGUGGGAGGAUCUGGUGGAGCGGGCAGUGGAGAGGGAGGAGAAGGAGGCGCGGCGCAAGAAGCGGCUGGCAGAGGACCUGGCGGACGCGCUCAGGGGCGUCAAGGGGCUCUCAGGGAGCACCACUUGGGUCGAGGCGAAACCGCUCGUCCAGUCACUACCGGAAUACAAGUAUGUAGUACUUACAGCGUCCAUGGUUGCCCGUGGUUGCAGGUGGUAG